GUCACUGCGCAUGUGCGUUGCCAAGGGUAGCGUGGCCGCCACCAUGGCUGCCGCCGUGGGCAGUUGCUGAGGCUAGGAGGAGGAGAGGGAGGCGGGCCCCGAGGCGCUAAAGGAGCCGCGAUGAGGGCUGUCCUGACGUGGAGAGAUAAAGUCGAGCAGUGUAUAUAUGACCUUGCGUUCAAGCCUGAUGGAACACAACUGAUUCUGGCUGCAGGGAACAGAUUACUGGUUUAUGACACCUCUGAUGGCACCUUACUCCAGCCCCUGAAGGGACACAAGGACACGGUGUACUGCGUGGCGUAUGCGAAGGACGGUAAGCGCUUUGCUUCCGGAUCAGCUGAUAAAAGUGUCAUUAUCUGGACGUCAAAGUUGGAAGGCAUUCUGAAAUAUACGCACAACGACUCUAUCCAGUGCGUCUCCUACAACCCCGUUACCCACCAGCUGGCCUCCUGCUCCUCCAGUGACUUUGGCCUGUGGUCUCCUGAGCAGAAGUCUGUCUCCAAGCACAAAGCCAGCAGCAAGAUCACCUGCUGCAGCUGGACAAACGAUGGCCAGUACCUGGCUCUGGGCAUGUUCAAUGGCGUCAUCAGCAUCCGGAACAAGAACGGCGAGGAGAAAGUGAAGAUUGAGCGGCCGGGUGGCUCCCUGUCCCCCAUCUGGUCCAUCUGCUGGAACCCCUCCAGCCGAUGGGAGAGUUUCUGGACGUGCAGGGAGAGCGAGGACGCGGAGGAAGAUAUUGUCAGCACAUACUUUCAGGAGCUCCCCUCCGCCCUGCAGUCGACAGUGUACAGUAGUCAGGGUAGUGAGGCAGAGGAGGACGAGCCCGAGGAAGAGGACGACAGUCCCAGGGACGACGACUUAGAGGAACACAACGACAUCCUGGCUGUGGCAGAUUGGGGCCAGAAGCUCUCCUUCUACCAGCUGAGUGGGAAACAGAUUGGGAAGGACCGGUCUCUGAACUUUGACCCCUGCUGUGUCAGCUACUUCACGAAGGGGGAGUACAUUCUGCUAGGUGGCUCGGACAAGCAGGUGACCCUCUUCACUAAGGACGGCGUGCGGCUGGGCACCGUCGGGGAGCAGAGCUCCUGGGUGUGGACAUGCAGAGUGAAGCCCGACUCCAACUACGUGGUGGUGGGCUGCCAGGAUGGAUCCAUCGCCUUCUACCAGCUCAUCUUCAGCACCGUCCACGGGCUCUACAAGGACCGCUAUGCCUACCGAGACAGCAUGACAGACGUCCUCGUGCAGCAUCUCAUCACCGAGCAGAAAGUUCGGAUUAAAUGCAGAGAGCUUGUCAAGAAAAUUGCCAUCUACAAGAAUCGAUUAGCUAUCCAGCUGCCGGAGAGAAUCCUCAUCUACGAGCUGUGCUCAGAUGAUGCGGCAGAUAUGCACUACCGGGUGAAGGAGAAGAUUGUCAGGAAGUUCGAGUGCAACCUCCUGGUGGUGUGUGCCAACCACAUCAUCCUCUGCCAGGAGAAGAGGCUGCAGUGCCUGUCCUUCGGCGGAGUGAAGGAGCGCGAGUGGCAGAUGGAGUCUCUCAUCCGCUACAUCAAGGUGAUAGGUGGCCCUCCGGGACGGGAAGGCCUCUUAGUAGGUCUGAAGAAUGGGCAGAUCCUCAAGAUCUUUGUGGACAACCUCUUCGCCAUCGUCCUGCUGAAGCAGGCCACGGCCGUGCGCUGCCUAGACAUGAGCGCCUCCCGCAACAAGCUGGCCGUGGUGGAUGAGAACGACACAUGUCUGGUGUACGACAUCCACACCAAGGAACUGCUCUUCCAGGAGCCCAAUGCCAACAGCGUGGCCUGGAACACACAAUGUGAGGACAUGCUGUGCUUCUCGGGCGGCGGCUUCCUCAACAUCAAAGCCAGCACCUUCCCCGUGCACCAGCAGAAGCUACAGGGCUUCGUGGUGGGCUACAACGGCUCCAAGAUUUUCUGCCUCCACGUCUUCUCCAUGUCGGCCGUAGAGGUGCCUCAGUCUGCGCCCAUGUACCAGUACCUGGACAGGAAGAUGUUCCGGGAGGCCUACCAGGUCGCCUGCCUGGGCGUGACGGACGCUGACUGGCGGGAGCUGGCCAUGGAAGCCCUGGAAGGUUUAGAGUUUAAAACAGCCAAGAAGGCCUUCACCAGGGUACAAGACCUCCGUUACUUAGAGCUCAUCAGCAGUAUUGAGGAGCGGAAGAAGCGGGGAGAGAGCAACAAUGACCUGUUUCUGGCAGAGGUGUUUUCCUACCAGGGGAAGUUCCACGAGGCCGCUAAGUUGUACAAGAGGAGUGGGCACGAGAGCCUGGCACUGGCCAUGUACACCGACCUGCGCAUGUUCGAGUACGCCAAGGAUUUCCUCGGCUCUGGGGACCCUAAAGACACGAAGCUGCUCAUCAGCAAGCAGGCAGAUUGGGCGAGGAGCGUGCACGAGCCCCGGGCGGCCGUGGAGAUGUACCUGUCGGCCGGUGAACACCUCAAGGCCAUCGAGCUCAGUGGCGAGCAUGGCUGGGUGGACAUGCUGAUUGACAUUGCCCGGAAGCUGGACAAGGCGGAGCGGGAGCCACUGCACCUGUGUGCCUACUACUUCCGGAAGCUGGGGCAACCCGGCUAUGCCGCUGAGACCUUCCAGAAGGUUGGAGACCUCAGCGCUCUGGUCCGGCUGCACGUGGAGAACCAACACUGGGACGAGGCCUUUGCCCUGGGUGAGAAACACCCCGAGUUCAAGGAUGACAUCUAUGCACCCUACGCCCAGUUCCUGGCCGAGAAGGACCGUUUUGAGGAGGCCCAGAAAGCAUUCCACAAGGCUGGGCGGCAGAGGGAGGCAGUCAGGGUGCUGGAGCAGCUCACACAUAACGCCGUGCUAGAGAGCCGGUUCAGCGACGCUGCCUACUACUACUGGAAGCUGAGCAUGCAGUGCUUGAGCAUUGCGCAAGACCCUGCCCAGGAGGAUGCCAUGCUUAGCAAGUUUCACCAAUUCCAGCACCUGGCUGAGCUCUACCAUGGCUACCAUGCCAUCCAUCGAUACCUGGAGGAGCCGUUCAGCUUCCACCUUCCCGAGACCCUCUUCAACAUCUCUAGGUUUCUGUUGCACAGCCUGACCAAGGACACGCCCCUGGGCAUCUCCAAGGUAAAGACACUCUUCACGCUGGCCAAGCAGAGCAAGGCCCUUGGCGCUUACAAGCUGGCGCGGCAUGCCUACGACAGGCUGCAGGGCCUGAAGGUUCCAGACAGGUUCCAGAAGUCCAUCGAACUGGGCAGCCUGACCAUCCGCUCCAAGCCCUUCCAUGACAGUGAGGAGCUGGUGCCCCUGUGCUACCGCUGUUCCACCAACAACCCCCUGCUCAACAACCUGGGCAACGUGUGCGUCAACUGCCGCCAGCCCUUCGUCUUCUCCGCCUCCUCCUACGAGGUGCUGCACUUGGUCGAGUUCUACCUGGAGGAAGGCAUCACUGAUGAGGAGGCCGUCUCACUCAUCAACCUGGAGGCACCGAGGCCCAGGUGGGACAGCAAGUGGCAGGAGGUCACCAGCAACAACUCGCAGACACUGCGGCUGGAUGAGACCACAGACGCCGGGGGGGAUGGCGACCCCUUCACCGCGAGGCUCAGCUUUGAGCAGGGCGGCUCAGAAUUUGUGCCAGUGGUGGUGGGCCGCUCGGUGCUGCGUGCCAUGAGCCGCCGCGACGUCCUGGUCAGGCGCUGGCCGGCCCCACUGCGCUGGCAGUACUUCCGCUCACUGCUGCCUGAUGCCUCCAUCACCAUGUGCCCCUCCUGCUUCCAGAUGUUCCACUCGGAGGACUAUGAGCUGCUGGUGCUCCAGCACACCUGCUGCCCCUACUGCCGCAGACGCAUGGAUGAGGCUGGCCCCUGACCCUUGACCCCGACCCCGCCCAGCCUCCCAGACACCGGCCACGAGGGGUGUUGGCUAGAGAUGGUGUUUGAGGACCAGAGAAUUGCUCUUGUGGUGUUGUGUGCCUUGUGGGCAGCACCAGGAGACGGAGAAGGGACCGAACGUGUAGUUUCUAGGAAAAUAAGCCUGUUCCUCUGAGACAGACGGGCUCUGAGCACCACAGCUCCCUAAGACCUGCCACUGCUUGCGGACAGGGUCCUGCAAGUCAUGUAAUAAAGGGCCCUGCUUCCCGUC